CUGCGCAGGCGAUGCCGGAUCGUCCCGGGUCCCCUCUCCGGGACGCCGGAGCGGGACGAAGCCACCGGGACGCCCCGCACGAGGAGUGACAUGAGCGGGUGGGGGUGUCGGGGAGACCCGGCCCCCCACGGGGGACCCCACGGCACCGGGCACCGGCGGCCGUGGCGGCUGCUGCUCCUGGCCUGGCUCAGCCUGAGCUGCGGCGUCGGCUCCGCGCAGAGCCCAGCCCUGGGGACACCGGUGUGGGUCCCUGAGCCCCCAGCUCCCCCUCGGCCCCGCCGGCAGCCGCCUCGGGGUUCCUGGGGGCCCUGGGGACCCUGGAGCUCCUGCUCCAGCUCCUGCGGGGACGGCGUUGCCCUCCGCACCCGGCGGUGUCAGCGAUCCACUGAGAUGGAGCCGUGCACUGGUGACCCACGGCAGUACCGGCUCUGCCAGCUCCAGGGCUGCCCCACGGGCUCUGUGCCCUUCCGUGCCAUGCAGUGCUCCCUCUAUGACAACAAGCCCGUCCUGGGCACGCAGGGCCAGUACCGCUGGGUGCCCUUCCAUGGAGCCCCCAACCUCUGUGACCUCAACUGCUUGGCCGUGGGACACAACUUCUACUACACCUUCGGCCGGGUGCUGGAUGGGACCCAGUGCGGCCCCGGCUCCCCGGACCUCUGCGUCGGCGGGCGCUGUCUGAGCGUGGGCUGUGACGGGAUCCUGGGCUCGAGCACUCAGCCCGAUGCCUGUGGCCGGUGCGGUGGCGGCCACGACACGUGUCUCCACGUGCAUCGGCUCUUCCAGGGCACGGACCCCUCCUCCGGUUAUUUUGGGUACGUGAAUGUGACCAAGAUCCCAGCUGGAGCCACCCACAUCAAAGUGACGGACAAGAGCCGCAACUACCUUGCCCUGAUGAGGAGCGAUGGGCGCUACGUGCUCAACGGGGACUGGUCCAUCGCUUGGCCGGGGCCGUACGAGGUGGCUGGCACACGGCUGCACUACACCCGAGCCCCCGAUGGCACCGAGAGCCUGGAGGCAGCCGGACCCACCGAUGAGGACCUGCACGUGAUGGUCCUGCUGCAGGAGCCCAACCCCGGCAUCGAGUAUGAAUUCUGGCUGCCCCGUGGGCACCCCCAGCCCGGCCGUGCUGAUACCAGUCCCCUGCGGCAGCCCCAGCCCCGGGGGGCCGGCAGCCCCCCGCCCCAGGAACCCCCGGUACCCCCGGUCCCCACACCACCGCCCUGGCCCAGGGGCUCUGCCACGGAGCAACCACCAAGAACCCCCCCGAGCCAGAGUGUGUCCGGGACUGCCACAGGGCGCUGCGGGAGGUGCCGCCCGGCCAAGGGACGCUCCCAGCGCAUCUGGCACUUCUGCCAGAGCGACUUCGUGUUCCAGGGCCGUAUCCUGGCACGGCGCGUGGUGGGACGGGAGACGCGUUACGAGGUGGAGGUGAAGGCUCCGUACCGGCACCGCUUCCCGCUGGUAGCCCGGGAGUACGUUUGGGUGCCCAAUACGUGCGGGUGCCCACCGCUACGGGAGGGUGGAGAGUACCUGCUGAUGGCCCGGAGACACGUCAACUACGAGCGCACCCUGAACCGCAUCCUGCUGCAGGACAGCGGCUACGCCCGGCCCUGGACCCCGCGCGAGGAGCGGCUGGUGCGGGACGCGGCGCGGCACUGCCCGCAGCCACGCCCCCCCCGAGCCCCUCCCCCGCCUCCGUGCCCCGCGGACAGGGCGGGUGAUGGGGUCUGAGGGUGAACCCCAGGCCUGGAAUUGUUCCUGCAAGGCACUGAGCUCAUUCUGUGGCUGCAGGGGCACCCCCAGUCCCGCCUGCUGCCCCGUGCUGGGUGCUCACUGGCCUUGGGGGUGACUGGGGUGCAGAGGGGUGGAGGAGGGUGGUAAUUUAUUCUUU